AACAUCUAUUAGAAAUUUUUAUUUCAGUGGUGCGAAUACAGAAGGACGAUAAAUAACUGUUUUACUCUGGAAACUACUAGAUUUUUCUUCUUUGUUUUACUUGUAUAGUUGGUAUCUCCCUUUUUCUUUCAAGAAUAAGACAUGCAUAAGUAUACAGAAAAUGUAGAAGCAUGAGUCAUAAAAUUUGUAUAAAGUGUAAAAAGUGCAGUCACUGGGAAAAUUGAUGGGUUUAUGACGGUUAACAUAAAUAUUCUCUAGUGUAUUCUUUUUUAUUAAUUUUCCAAGUUUAGUUUCAAAGUGUAUUGUUAGAAAUGGUUGAUAAAUUAGUUAACAGUGAGGCGAAUGCUCGAAGAAUUAAUAUGGUUGAGAGCUGUUUUGGCAGCUCAGGGCAGCCAUUGGGUGUUCCUGGAAGAGUCUUAGUUGGUGAAGGUUCACUAACAAAGAUAUGUAGAAAGAAACCGAAAACUAGACAGUUUUUCUUAUUCAACGAUAUUUUAAUUUAUGGAAAUAUUGUGAUUAAUAAAAAAAAAUACAAUAAACAACAUAUCAUUCCUUUAGAAGAAGUUAAAUUAGAGAGUUUAGACGAUGAUUCCCAGUACAAAAAUGGUUGGCUGAUAAGAACAGCCUCAAAAUCAUUUGCUGUCUAUGCUGCUACUCCUGCAGAAAAACGAGAUUGGAUGGCCCACAUUAAUAAAUGUAUUGAAGAUUUACUCAGAAAAAGUGGCAAAAAAGCUGUCUCGGAACAUGCUGCUGUGUGGGUUCCUGAUGGAGAAGCCCCUGUAUGCAUGCAUUGUAGGAAGACUCAAUUUACAUUGAUAAAUAGAAGACAUCAUUGUCGUAAAUGUGGAGCUGUGGUAUGUGGACCUUGUUCAAAUAAACGUUACAUGCUGCCUAGUCAAAGUUCUAAGCCCCUUAGAGUGUGUCUACAUUGCUUUGAUCUUCUAACAACAAAACUAAACAACUCCCAUGAAACAUCAAUGAAAGGCACUAAUGCAGAUUCAUCAGGAGAAGAUGAUUCAGAUGACGAUGAGGGUGAUCCAAAUAAAGGGCAACUUGAGACUCAUGAUUUGUUUCGAAGUCACUGCUUGGGCUAUGCGUGUUAAUACUUUUCCUUCAACAGUUCCCAAGUUUUAUGGUGAUAAUUGAAGACUCAAGUAAUCUCUGCUGAAAUUGUUAUACUUCUCUUUAUGUGUAAAUAAUUUUUGGUUUAUAUCUAAAGGUAACAUUAUUAUUACAUAUAUCUAUUUUAAAUAUACAUACAUUGUUAUACUA